UUAGAAUUGCCAACAUUUUUAAAGGUAAUUUAUUAACUUUUAUUUAUGGAAAGACAGUGUUGAAAGUUUUGCAUGGUAUUUUUUGAAGGAAAUUUUGAAAGCUGGAUAGGCAAUGCACUUUCUGAAAGGACUUUGAAAGGGAAACUGUCCUUUUAAGAGAAGGAAGGCAGCAGAGAGAUUAUGGCAGUGUUCAACUUUGUAUCGCCAAGGGGAACCUUCUCUUGUUUGCGUAUUCCAAAAGGGUAAAGUAUUGCAGGCUAUGCCUUGAUUUUGAUAUUAAGAAAGCCUGUUCUGCAAAUUAAGUGCAUAUGAGGCUUGUACAUGAACUCAGGCUGCCAGGAAGCCUAUAUUUAAUGGGAGCCUUUGUAUUUUACUCUGCCAGUUACUUUUCUCGUGACUGGGGGCUAUUUUUAGUUUCUCCUAAGGGGAAAAAAAAAAUCCCCUUGUGUUUUUAACAGUUUAUAUACUGCUACGAGCCUUUGGUUUUCCGUCUGAAUCUGACAUUUUCUGACAUUCAAUCAUGUUGAAUGUUAUACAACUGAUUGUUUGUCUCCCCUGAAUGUGUUGUUAUUUAUUUUGCUGAUAUGAAACAUAUCUAAAAGCACUUUCACUGUUGCAGGCACUUGGCUUCUUGUGGUAUUCUGAUGACCAGAGCUGCUCCUUUGCAAGUACCUGUAAUGAGCCAUACCUUUUCAAGAACUUUCUUCAACAUUGCUGCUCCGCUAGUAAAUAAAAGAAAAGAAUAUUCUGAAAGAAGAAUUAUAGGGUAUUCUAUGCAGGAAAUGUAUGAAGUUGUUGCACUUGUGGAGAAUUACAAACUAUUUGUUCCUUGGUGUAAGAAGUCAGAUAUAUUAUCGAAGCGCUCUGGAUACUGCAAAGCACAGCUAGAAAUAGGAUUCCCUCCGGUAGUAGAGAGGUAUACAUCGGUUGUUACCCUAGUGAGACCACAUUUAGUUAAGGCAUCCUGCACAGACGGAAAACUAUUUAAUCACUUGGAAACAGUAUGGCGUUUCAGCCCAGGUAUCCCUGGUUAUCCAAGGACAUGUACAUUGGAUUUUUCAGUUUCUUUCGAAUUUCGUUCACUUUUACACUCAAAACUCGCUACGCUGUUUUUUGAUGAAGUGGUAAAGCAGAUGGUGGCUGCAUUUGAAAGAAGAGCCUCCAAACUCCAUGGCCCAGAAACAACCAUACCUCGGGAGCUAAUGCUUCAUGAAGUUCAUCAGACUUAAAAGGGAAGAUUGUAACGACCUCCAUUAUAAACUUGUUUGUACACUUUGUUUGUACAAGAGGUGCCGUGCUCCUCCUUCGGGGCAUUUAUUUCAUAUCUGAGCUUUGUGUGUGACUUUAUACUGUACAAACCCCACCUGUUCAGCCAGAUGUAUAUAGAAUGUUCAAGCUGCAAUCAAGUGCAACUUUAAGUGUUACCAGUAACAGACAGUCGUCAGCUACUGUAACACAGGAUGUCUCAGGCUGCCGAUUAACUUGUGUAAUCACAGUUGUAAGUUCUGCCUUAUCCAAGCUUAUGGUUGUUGGUUUGUUUUUUUCAGCAUUGUAACAUAUUAACUCAAGUUUAAGUUAUUAGUUGUGUGACUGUAACCUAACGGCCAACCCGUGCCAAGCGGAGGGAAACUGAGGUUCUGGCUGUGGGGAGUAGGAACAGUUUGUCAAGCAUCAAACAGCAGGUGCUUUUAAUCCAAAUGAAGGACAAGGGUAAGUCAGGAGUGUCCAGCUGCUGUGGAAUUCCAACCAGCAAGGGCAAUAGGAACAACAACGCAGCCUUAACACCCUUGACUUGUCAGAAGUUAAACGUGAGGAGUACUGUAAACUGAGCAGUUUCAGCUAUAGCCACGUGGCCCUUAGCUCUGGCCACUUACAAAUCUGCAGUAUGUUUGGGAGGCUCUUUCACUGUUACGCACUGCAGUUAAGUGAGAUGUAUCCACCAUAACCCAAGGCAAACAGGUCCCAGUUCCAACAAUUUUAAACCAAGUAAAUAGACGUUACCUCUUUGAGAGCUGGGGCACGAACGUACAACAUUCUGCACCACAGUGCUGCCCCCGGGAAGGAAGUGUCCUCUGCUUACUGCAGGCUAAGCACACCUCAGGCCAGUUGUCAUUAAAAAACAGAAUAGAGAGCUACACUUUAGCUCUUAGGUUUUAGUUCAGUACCAUUUGAUUAGCAGCUACCUUAAUUGUUUUCAGUAGUUGUAUUCUCUACAUUAAUACUCUCCAUUCUGAAGUGAAUAGGCUGUAACAGUUUAAGCGCUCUCUCUGUGCUGCCCUGCAUUACCAUUGUUCUUUACUGGAAUUAGGUGAAGCUUCAGGACAGGUUAUGAAGCUGGUCCCUUCUCCAAAGCGUCCGCAACCCACACAGUUACCACAGAGCAGGGUGUGAAAUAACAUAGGAAGGGAUGCUUCAGGACAGAGCCAGGCCUGAAGCCGUUCAGACCAUGUAGAUCCUUUUCCAGAAAGAGCAGUUGAACUGCCCUUCACACACCCUGUCUGUGAAGGAUAGUUCUUCCUAAAGGUAGGAAGCUGGGGAAAGUGACAGCUGGAGUAAGAGGUCAAUUUUAAAGCACUGAGAAGUUGUGAAGUAAUUUUGUUUGUUGAGACAGAGGAAAAACGUACACAAGUUUGGAAAGGGGAGUUGAAAAGGAGGGAGAAAAGACUUUCGAGCAUUGUUAUCAGCCAAGUCAGGUCAAAAAACACAGUAGUUGGCAAAGCUGUCAUUUUUAAGGGCAAAACAGCACCUAGUGCAAAGUAAUUCAAACUAAAUCCUGGAGCCCGUUACCAGAAAGCUGGGACACAAGACUGGAAGUAACCACAAACUGCACCCGAGCAAGAGAAGUAUUUAAAAACCCCACAACCCUUUCUCAGCAAAGACAACUUACCUGUUUCAUGUCCUCGGGGCACGUUCCCUCCCACAGCGCUGUGAGAUGCACUGGGCCUGUUCCGGCACGUGGAAGGAUGGUGCAAAAUAAAGUCAGGGCAAAAUAAAGUCAAUGCACAUGCCUUAUUUUCAUAGCAUUUUUUAAUAUUUCAAAGAACUGUACUGCCAGUUCAGCUUAGGUAUUUCUUACCAAAAUUAAAGUCACUUGUACUUCUGAGAAACAUUCUAGACAAAGGAAUGUUUCCUGGAGGGACAUGCCCUGUCAUUUCCAAGCAUAAGUGUCAGAUUUCUAGUAAAUCUUAGAAGUAGGAAACCGUCAAGGUUCUCCCAUGACUAUGGCUUUGUGUGCAGAUGAAUGAGGUGAUACAUUUCAUAACUUUUGAGCAGUUUGUUUUAUUACAUAAAGGUCACAUAACUGUAUAUUUGCCUACUUUGUACACAAUUGUCUAGUCUCACGCACAGUGGCUUCCAAGUUCUUCCUACUACUGGCAAGCACCAGGAAAUUCUGAAACAGAAUAUCAAGUGCCUUAAGUUUAAAUCGGGACCUUGGUAGAUGGAUCUUGCACCCAGUUUAUCAGGAAUGUACAAAUGUCUUUAUUCAAAAAAUACAAAAUAAAUUAUCUGUAGGCAUGGA